UGAUGGCAUUUCCGGCCUCAUUGCCCAGAGAGAACCACUUCCGGCGCCUCGCGUGGCUGAGGCGUGUUGGUUUGCUCCGAAGCCGAGCGUGUUCCUUGCUUGCUUUCCGCUGCCAUGAAGCCGAGAAAAAACAAAAAGCGGGUUCCAAGCUUCCGCAAGCUAUUGAAAACAAGUAAAAUAAAACUUGACAACAAGUUAAAAAACAAACAGUUCAAGCAGCAGAGUACUGCCAAGAAAUACCGAAAAGAACAAAGGAAGCUCAGACAAGCUGUCAAAGAUGCUGUAUCCAAGAAGCCAAUGCCUUUGGAGGAUAAUAAGAAAAAGCAUCCAGAAAGGGAAGAAGAAGAAGAGGAAGCUCUUCCUCUUGAUAUGAUGGAUGAAGAUGAUAUGAAAUUAAUGGAGGAACUUGCUCAGAGGGCAUCUUUUAUAACACGAGAUCUUUCUUCCAACGAACCUGUUCAUGCCAAGAAACGUAAGAAUGAGAGUGUGAUUGAGAAAUAUGAGAAAAAGCCAAGGCGCAUGCAGACUGAGCCUGAAAAAGAACUUAUUCAUCUGCUUCCCAUCAAAGACAAACGUGGAAUUAUUCCACAGACCAUGGAAAAGCCAGUUAAAGAGGAAGAGGAAGAGGAAGAAAAGGAUGGAAUAGAAGAAAUGGAAGAGGCACAAGCUCUUGAAGAACCAUUACCUCUUCUCACUGCCGAAGAACUGCUAGUUCAUAGGAAAAAGAAGCUACAAGAGAAAAAGAUGCACAUAGCUGCCUUAGCAUCUGCCAUCUUGUCUGACCCAGAAAAUAAUAUAAAGAAGCUGAAAGAGUUGCGUGCGAUGUUAAUGGAACAGGAUCCCAAUGUGGCUGUGAUUGUGCGAAAGCUGGUGAUGAUUUCUCUGAUGGAGCUUUUCAAAGACAUUACUCCAUCUUACAAAAUCAGACCUUUAACUGAGAAAGAGAAAAACACAAAGGUUAGAAAAGAAACUCAGAAAUUAAGAGAAUUUGAAGAAGGCAUUGUCAGCCAGUACAAGUUUUAUUUGGAAAAUCUGGAGCAAUCUGUGAAAGAUUGGAAGCAAAGGAAGCUGAAGAAAAGCAAUGUGAUUUCACUAAAAGCAUACAAAGGCCUUGCAGAGAUUGCUGUGAAGUGCUUGUGUGAGCUGUUGGUGGCCCUGCCUUACUUCAACUUCCACAAUAAUAUUAUUGUACUCAUCGUGCCACUCAUGAACGAUGCUUCAAAACAGAUUUCUGAAAUGUGCUGUGGUGCAGUAAAGACCCUCUUCAAGCAGGAUAAACUUGGCUAUGCUUCACUUGGUGUGGUGAAGGUAAUUUCUGGCCUUGUGAAAAGCAGGAAUUAUGAUGUUAGACCUGAGGUGUUAAUGACACUAAUUCACCUAAGAAUUAAGGAAGUAGAAGUGAAAAAAGAUGCAGAAGACAUCACGCCUAAGAAGAGGUUCAUGUCUUAUCAAGAGAAACGGAAAAAUCUGUCAAGGAUGCAAAGAAAGUGGAAGAAAGCAGAAGAGAAACUAGAAAGAGAACUCUUAGAAGCAGAAGCCUCAGAAAGCACAGAGAAAAAAUUGAAACUGCACACAGAAACCUUGAAUAUUGUAUUUUUAACUUACUUCCGAAUACUGAAAAAAGCACAGAAGUCUCCCCUUUUGCCUGCUGUGUUGGAAGGCCUUGCAAAGUUCGCCCACCUCAUAAAUUUGGAAUUUUUUGAUGACCUUUUGCUUGUUCUACAUUCUCUUAUGGUCUCAGGGGUGUUAAGCCACAGAGAGAGUCUGCACUGUAUUCUUUCUGCUUUCCACAUUUUGUCUGGUCAAGGUGAUGUCCUUAACAUUGACCCUUUGAAGUUCUACACACACCUUUACAAGAUACUACUUAAACUUCAUGCAGGUGCUACAAAUGAAGAUGUUGCGAUAGUGCUGCAGUGCCUGGAUGCGAUGCUCACCAAACGUAGGAAGCAGGUGUCCCAGCAGAGAGCUCUUGCUUUCAUAAAGCGCCUCUCCACAGUAGCCCUCCAUCUCCUUCCAGACUCCUGCAUUGGUAUCUUGGCAACCAACAGAACAUUAAUGCAUACUUUCCCAAAGACAGACCUUCUCCUAGACAAUGAAUCUCAAGGGAGUGGACUUUACCAUCCUGAGCUGGAUGAACCAGAGUACUGUAAUGCUCAGAACACGGCACUGUGGGAACUGCAUACUCUGCGGAGACAUUAUCACCCAGUCGUUCAGAAAUUUGCAGCUCACCUUGUUGCUGGUGCUCCAGCAGAAGGAUCAGAAUCUCUUGGGCAUGAAUUUAGUCGGAGGUUGCCUACAGAACUUUUUGAGGCCUACAGUAUGAAAGGAAUGACUUUUAAUCCUCGUGUUGCAUCAGUGGCACCCAGGAAAAAGGGUAAAUUUUCACAAGAGGCAUCAUUUCUGAAUGAAGACUUGAAUGAAUUGUUUAAGGUUUAUUUUGGAAGGCCUGUUCCACAAGGAGCCCUGGAUUUCACAAAACACUUAAAGGGAUUGCCAGUUUCCUAAGUAUAUUACAAACCAUUGCAAUCUAUAUAAAGGAACUAAAUACAUGAAAGAAAUAGUGACCUGGUCUACAAAUAAUUUAAAUAAAGUGGGUCUUUUUAUUGUGGAUGCUGGAUUUCCAGGAAUGAAGAAGCAAUUAAUGAACAGCAUUGUACUUUGGAAUCCUAGGACCACUGCUUCCAUGUUUAUGGCUGUAGUUAAUAUGGUUUGUAAGGUUUGAGUUUAUGUAUAAUAUUGUACAAUAUUUUCAUUGGAAAUGGAUGAUUUUUCUAAAAUGACAUGAAUCUGAAUUGAUUCUAGAAAAGUAUUUUAAUUGUAUCAAUAUAUAAACCUUUUUUAAAAAGAAAAAGAUCAGGCCAAUCGUUCUGUUCUUAUAUCACCUAUCUGAUAUAAACUAUAAGCAGGUGUUGAAAAACAGUGGUGCAUGGAUAUCUACUCCCACAAAGCACAAUCCACCGUUUUAUGUUCAUUUUUAAAUUUAAUGUGUCUAUUAAAUGGGGUAUGAGAAAGUGACUGCAAUUAACAUUUUUCCCCUCUCCCCCCUACAUUGAGAUUCCCCACACCACAAUAGUUUGUACAGUUAUAAGGUUACUCUUCCUGUAUUGGGCCUAGUAUCACAAAAGCAACAGGGAUUCAUCAUAGCAUCUACCAAAAAUUUAUGUGUAUGGCCUAAGUGCCCAAGCAGACAUUAUAAACAACUGCCCUGAUGCUUUUUCUCUUUUUAAAUGACAUGCGGGCUAAAUGUUAAGUGGGGAAGUCGUGAGGCAAGGAAGGCUGCUUAAUUCUUUUCCAUCAGCUAUUUUCUUGCUCCGAAUAUCCCUCCCUACUCCUGCUGAUGGAAAGAAACCCAACUUUUUAGCAGGGAAACAUUUUCUGUAAUGCCAUUUCCUCCCUUAAAUUUGGUUUCCCGAGGCUGCUUCUCACUGAAAAAUAAAAACUGUGCCCAGCUAGGUGUAAUGUGUUUUCGAACUGCAAGUAGAUAAAUAGGUACCGCUCCGGUGGGAAGGUAAACGGCAUUUCCGUGUGCUGCUCUGGUUCGCCAGAAGCGGCUUAGUCAUGGUCACAUGACCCGGAAGCUGUAUGUCGGCUCCCUCGGCCAAUAAAGCGAGCUCUGCAACCCGAGUCGUCCACGACUGGACCUAAUGGUCAAGGGUCCCUUCACUGCCUUUACCUGUAGGUGUAAUGUGCAGUUUUGUCCUAAAUUGUAGACCAAGCUAGUAUUUUCCUGCUGCAGUGUGAACACAGUGCAUGUAUUUCAAGCAUCAAAAGGAGUAGUGACAGAUGGAUAAGGUACGUAAGCAUUUUGUUCUGCACAUCCUCUUUCUCUCUUCCUACUAUUGGGUUGUUCAUGCUUUAUGAACUAAUCUUCAUUUUCUUUCUAGCUGUUGACCUGCAUAACAGCAAUGAGCAAGUAAGCAUUCUGCCUGCAUUAUUUGCUAGUGGUGAAAUGUGCAGAUAACUGGAAAUAUUCUGCUACUCAGUACAGGUAUUUUAGGGACGCAGGUGGCGCUGUGGGUUAAAACACAGAGCCUAGGGCUUGCCGAUCAGAAGGUUGGCGGUUCAAAUCCCCGCAAUGGGGUGAGCUUCCGUUGCUCGGUCCCAGCUCCUGCCAACAUAGCAGUUUGAAAGCACGUCAAAGUGCAAGUAGAUAAAUAGGUACCGCUCCAAGCAAGAAGGUAAAAGGCGUUUCCAUGUGCUGCUCUGGUUCGCCAGAAGCGGCUUUGUCAUGCUGGCCACAUGACCUGGAAGCUGUACGCCGGCUCCCUCAGCCAAUAACGAGAUGAGCGCUGCAACCCCAGAGUCGGUCA